CGGAGUAGAUUAGGUCGACGUGAUCGAAACUGCCGAUAUAUAAUUUCAUAGUGCAAAAUCCCGAGAAAAGCAAGAUUUGAACUAGCGUCGGAUUGCGAGAAAGUUAACGUAAGUGGUGGGGGUUAAACGAAUCUGGGUCAUUCUUAAUAAAAAAUGGCCCAUUUCAUUAAAAUGACGCCAUUUGGAGGCGUUCGUUAAUGAGGAAAGAUAGGUAGGGACUAAUCUGGAGGAGAGUUUUUCGAGAGAUUCCGUUUUUGGCCGUCGUAAAGUUCAGGUCAGAAAAAUUGCAACUGCAAGCGUUACAAAUCAAUUGUCAACCGAUCUAGAAUACAACUGUCAUAUUUUUAGACUUGUCAAGGUUGAUUUUACGACCCUGUGGAGAUUUACCAUGGACGAUGAUGCACGCAGUAGAAUUGCUGAAAUCACGACGAGGUACGUGGUUGAUGUAACCGACGACGAUUAUGAUCCUUACGUUCAUAGAAAUGUGGAACACGCGACAAGUUACCUUGAAACGCUCGUACACAUCCUCAAGGCAAGUCUAGGGACGGGAGUGCUGGCAAUGCCCAUAGCGUUCAAGUACGCUGGGUUGGUGAACGGUGUUAUUGGUGCCAUUCUAACUGCCUUUGUUUGCGGUGUUGGCAUUCAUCGAUUCUUCGCGUCGCAGUAUACCAUUUGCAAGAACCUGAAAGUUUCCUACAUGCCGUACUCCGUGAUCAUGAAGGUGGCGCUUCUGAGCGGGCCACGUUGCAUGUCGAAAGUGGCAAACUUCUUUGGAACGCUGUCGGAUGCUUUAUUACUACUCCACCAGACCGGCGUAUGCGCAGUAUACGUCAUCUUUAUAUCGAACAAUCUCAAAGAUCUCUUGAAGAGACCGUACACGAACCUCAACGUUCCAGUGGAGUAUUACAUGUUGUGCCUUCUGCCAGCACUUCUUCUCAUUGUGUCGGUACCUAACAUGAAGAAAAUGGCCCGAAUUACCUUACUGUCAAAUUGCGCGACGUUAGUGUCCGUGAUAAUAAUUAUUGCGGUACUUUCACCGAAUUUGCCCGACAUUUCAUUGCGCCACAAAACGGGAACUGUCUUCGACUCGGCCCUCGCAUUUGGUAUUAUGCUCUUCGCGUUGUCUGCGAUGGGUGUUAUUCUAACAGUUGAGAAGCACAUGAAGGAACCAAAACAAAUGGUGGCCUACUUUGGCACGCUUAAUGUCUCGUUGGUAGCCAUUCUAAUAGUGUACACGUUGAUUGGUUUCAUCGGCUAUUGGCAAGUUGGCGAUGAAGUCAAGGACAUUAUUAUAUUAGAUCUUCAAAACUACAAUGAAACCGCAAGACAGUGUGCGCAAUCUCUAUAUGUGGUCGCGAUUUUUGUUUCCUACGGGCUAAGCGCGAUGGUGUUCGUUGACGUUUUGUGGGGCAAUUACCUGAAGCACUACCUAGCCGAGUCAAGGCAUCAUGACAAAGGCCAGUGCGCGACAAGAAUCCUAGUAGUCUUCGUGAGCACCUUCGCCGCGGCCGCCAUACCGUUAUUUGCUGACAUAGUCGCGCUACUGGGAUCAUUCUCUAUGUCUUCGCUCGAGCUUAUAUUUCCAGCCAUCAUGGAUAUUUGUGUGCGCUGGCCCGAUAAAUUUGGCCGUGGAAAGUGGACUCUAAUUGCGGAUCUUAUUCUCAUGGCUAUAGGUGUUGGAGGACUCCUCAUAGGCGGUUUUAGUGCAAUCCGAAGUAUAGUAAGGCACUUAAAUGAGUUGCGCGGUUAAUGUAGCUUAUUAUUGAUUUUACUUUGUCAUAACAUGGAGUAAUAAAAAUACAGAGCGCUAGU